AUGGUCAUUUAUAACCUUCUUCCGUGGCUUUGCAUGAAGCGAAAGUAUAUGAUGUUAUCCUUGCUAAUAUCAGGGCCCAAGCAACCCGAGAAUGAUAUCGAUGUUUACUUAAAACCAUUGAUUGAAGACUUGAGGCUGUGGUGGGAGACAAGUGUGGAGUUGACUUGGAGAGUCACUCUGAGUUUAGCAUUUCAAAGCUUAGGGAUUGUCUAUGGCGAUAUCGGUACGUCUCCGCUUUACGUGUACGCCAGUACUUUCACCGACGGUAUCAAAAACAUCGACGACAUUCUCGGCGUCUUGUCUCUCAUCAUCUACACUCUCGUCCUCAUACCAAUGCUCAAGUAUGUUUUUAUCGUCUUAUGGGCCAACGACAAUGGAAACGGCGGAGCGUUUGCGCUCUAUUCGUUGAUAUGUCGGCAUGUGAAGGUGAGUCUUAUUCCGAAUCAACAACCAGAGGACAGGGAGAUCAAUUACCGGCUGGAAGAACCGUCGACGGUUAAACGAGCCGAGAAGAUCAAAAACAAGAUAGAGAAUAGUAAAUCUGUGAGGAUUUUGCUUGUGCUUGUAACCAUUAUGGAACUUCCAUGGUGA